AUCUUGCAUCUUGGUAAUUGAAGUUGCCUUGCUUCCAUUCCCACAUUUUUGAUUUUUUUUUUCCCUUUUUUUCAGAGCUGGGGACCGAACCCAGGGCCUUGUGCUUGUUAGGCAAGCGCUCUACCACUGAGCUAAAUCCCCAACCCCAUUCUUGAUUUAAAAAAAAAAAAAGAUUUUGUUUUUAAUGGCACGCAUGGCGGGAAUGGGGGGGGGGGGUUUGUUCUUGAGUUUGCAGUACCCUUGGAGGCCAGAAGAGGGCAUCAACUCCUCUGGAUAUGGUGUCUCAGGCAGAUUUGGAUAUUGGGAAUGGAAUCAGGUCUUCUGCAAGAGCAAAAACAUUCUUAACUACUGAGCUGUCUUUUCAGUCCCUUCAUUUUUGCUCUUUUCCAUUUGAGCUCACAGUUGGCUUUAAACAUGAGAUGUAGCCUGAAGAAUGACCACUUGGGUACUUUGCUUGGUCCUUGUCAUGAGUGGAAAUGCAGCACUGAAAGAAGCUUGCUAAGCAAAAGACCUAAUAAUAACGGAGCAGGUGAUGGCUCUGCCAGCAGAGGCACCAGAACUGAACUGUGACUAGUGAGAAGGCCAGUGUGUCAUCCAGCUUUCACAUGCAAGUCUGAAUGGGGCUUCUUAGAACACUGUAGAACACGGUUGUCAUUAUGCAACUUUCUGAAGGUUCAACUUGCAUGGAAGUUGGGGUUAUGUGCAUAAAAUGUAAGGGGACGAGGGAUGCUUACCGUCAUUUUAUAAAAACUAGGACCCAGAGCUACUGAUUUUGCCAGGCUGGCUGUCCAGCAAGCAUCGGGAAUUUGCUGAGGUACACAUGUAUUCCUCUGCCCACUUGCCUUUUUCUGUGGGUUCUAGGGAUUCCACUUCAGUUCUCAUGUGCCAGGCCAGCAAGCACUGGCCAAACUAUCUCCUCAGUUCCAAGGCAAGGAUUUUUUUUUUUUUCUUUUCUUUUUUUUCAGAGCUGGGGACCGAACCCAGCUUGCUAGGCAAGCGCUCUACCACUGAGCUAAAUCCCCAACCCCCAAGGCAUAAUUUUCUUGUAUUCUGUUUUAUUUCCUAACAUAUCAGUCACAGGCACUAUUACAUAGCAUAGGUUAACUUUAAAGAUCCUUUUAGAAUUAUGUGUGAGUGUUUGGUUGUAUCUAUGUAUUUGGUUGUGUGCAUGUAAAUGCUGUGUCUGAGGAAGCUGUAAAAGGGGAUUGGAUCUCUGGAGCUGGAGUUCUAAGCAGUUGUAAGCCACCCAAUGUAGGUGCUGGAACGGAACCGAAUUUCUCUAGAAAGUACACACUACUAACCACUGAGCCACCCAUCUUUCUACCUCCAGAUAGGGUAACUUUUAAGGCUGAUAGAAAUUCUACUGAACUUUUUUUGGAGUCAUUCAAAAAGAGAAUUUGGCCUAGCACACCUUUAAUCCCAGCACUCGGGAAGCAGAGAAAGGAGGCUCUCUGGGUUUGAGGCUAGCCUGGUGUACAUAGUGAGCUCUAAGACAGCCAAAGACUACAUAAACACUUACAAAAAAAUAAAGAGAAUUUAAGGCCUGCAAGAUGGCUUGGCAAGUAAAGGCACUUAGGCCGAAUGACCUGAGUUCAGCCCAAGGAAGGUGGAAAGCGAUCAGCUAGCUCCACACUGUUCUGACUUCACAGGUGGGGCAGUCCCUGCGCACUUCCGACUCACCCCAGGGGUGCUCAUACUGACUUCAAAAAGAGAAUCUGGUCCAUGUAUGUGGCCUGGUUAUGCCUGAGCUGGAUAUAACACUGGAAGCCUGUAUUUGUGUAGGAAAGGCAAGGCUGGGGUUGUGGCAGGUGUGCUGGGGCUGCCAGUUGAAGGGACGAGAAUGCUGCUUUAGGAGACAGCUGACUGGCAGCUGGCUACAGGGCUGGACUUACUCUCCUCUGUUCUUUGGGUUGAAUCUAUGUAGUGGGAACAAGGCCUGCUCUCCAUAUAGCAGAGAAGUUGAAAUGGAAACUUGUGAGCAUGAAGAGGCUGCCUCUGGGUCUUCUUUUAAAACUUAUGUUUUGCCUGGAUAUAUUUUUGUGCACCACAUGCAUCUCAGAAUAGACAUUAGAUCUCUUGAGACUGGUGUUACAGACGGUCCUGAGCACCUAUGUGGGUACUGGACUUGAACCCAAGUCCUCUGCAAGAGCAGCCAGUGCUGAUAACCACUGAGCCAUCAUCCCAGCCUGUCUGGGGCUUUUUAAUGUGCUCACAGAGGUCCGCUCCACCUAAUGCUGGAAUUAAAGGCACGUGCCACCACUGCCCAGCCAAGGGUUUUUCUUUUUAAGACACAGUAUUAACUGGCUAGCCUCUAACUGUAUAUGAAGCUUACCUCAAACUCAGAGAUCCAUCCUGGAUGUCCAGAUGAUCUUCGCUGCCUCACAAAAGCAACAAAGAACAAAAUAUAUUUAAUUUCCGGUUUCCUUAGGUUUUUGGUUUCAUUUUUUUUUUAAAGACAGAAUCUCAUUUACCUUGGCUGACUUGUACUAGACCUUGCACUGUUGAAUGAACCUAAGGGUUGGAUCAUAGGUGUGUGCCCACAUACCUGGGGAAAUGUUUCCUUAGAACUAGUAACUGUUAUUAGUGUUUAACCUGAGAUCUAAGUGAGACAUUACACACACACACACACACACACACACACACACGCGUGUGUUAAAACAUGUAUAUCUUAAAAUGAUGUGUUUAUAUAGCGCCGGCAAAGAACUGCUACUGUGGUUUCCCUACAGUUGAUUUGGCUUCUGUGCUAAGGCAACAGCAAUUGUAUUCACUGUUCUUUCUAAAACUUUGAAAUUGCAUUCAUUUUUUUUUUUUUUUGUAUGUGUGUGUCUGGGCACAUGCAUGUUUCGAUGAGAAGACAAUGUCUGGAAAUCAUUUCUCCCUUACCAUGUCGUCCCAGAAUUAAAUCCAGAUUGUCAGGCUGGGUGGUAAGUGAAUCAUAGGCUGAACCAUCUACCCCCCCACCCCCCACCCCCUCUGUUUCAUAGAGGAUAAGACAAUGCAGGAACUCCUCUAGCGUACUCAAGGAUGGGAACGGAAAGGCAGGCUCCCUGGCAAGCACCUCUACCCACUGUGCCGUCAUGCUUUGUCCUUAGCUCCUGUCUGUCAUGUUUGUAAAGAAUUGUUUAUUUUGUAUGUAUGAAUACACUGUCACUCUCUUCACACACACCAAAAGAGGGCAUCAGAUUUCAUUACGUUUGUGAGCCACGUGGCUGCUGGGACUUGAACUCAGGACCUGGAAGAGCAGCAGCUGGUGCUCUUAACCGCUGAGCUGUCUCACCAGCCCUUAUUGCUCCUUUUUUAUUGGAAGUGCAAACGACAGUCCAACAACAAAGACCGAUUAUUUUCAAUAUUAUUUUAAACCUGUGAUGAUUUUCCUUCUAGCUGUUGUUAAGUGCACAACUUCCUCACUCAGAAAGGCACCUUGUUAGGGAAGGAACACUAAGAACUGUCCUCACCAAGAAAGCUGUUGGGAACUGGAGAAGAGGGAAGCAUCUUCUCAGGUUUUAUUGUUCACUUAUGUAAGGAGUUACAACUUAGAAUUCCAUAGAGAACUGUUAAAUAAGAUGAGAGGCACUAAGUUGAGGCUCUAAUUAGGGAUCUCAAGUCCUGUGAGUUCUUGAAUUACACCGCAGGGUUGCCUUCACCAUGGGAACUGAACCCAGGACUCCUCCCAGAAGUCCUCCUCUUAUGCGGGCCUCAGUCUUGAUACUUAUCCAAAAUUGUCCUUGAACUCACUAUGCAAUCUAUAGAGUAUAAGAACCCAGAGCCAUUCUCCUGCCUCUGCCUCCUGAUUGUUUUUAACCACAUCUGACUUUAUUUUUUAAUCUUUGCUCUUUUUGCUUCCUUCAUAUUAACAGACAUAAAGACUUGAACCACCGUAUCUUCUUUUUCUUAAAACAAAAAUGUUUUUAGCUGCCUUAGGCUGUCUUGGGUGUUGUAACAUUGUUUAUCUUAUUUGAAGGGACCCUCCCUCGCAAGGUCUGUCAGGACAAGGUACCCAGGAAGCUUGCCUACCUUGCAAGGGAGCCUUUCUGUUUCAGAAUGGACUUUAUCCCUCUCGGAAGUCCUUGAGGCCACUGCCACCUAGGUCUGAUUUAUUUCCCAGUCCCUAUUUGGGGAGCGAUGAACCUUUUCUAGUCCCGUCGAAGAGGAUUUCGUAAAACAGCUGAAUGCUGCCUGAGUCAUCAGUGGCAAAAGUCCACACGUGUGUGUUUGUCUGGGAGCCAAGAGUAACUUUUGCAAAACGCUGUCGUCUCGAGAACCUCCAGGUUCGCUGGCUGCUGCUACACCGUAAAGAAAACAACAAAACAUAAAAAUACGCGGAAGUGGAAAGGCCUCUUUGGAGCGGUGAGACACAGAAGGUAACAGAGAAGAGGCAAACCAGCCAGUGAUUAUGUGAGAAUAUGGAAGACGAUGGGAGCGGCUUGUUCAAUGGAUUAAGAAAGUGGCGACUGCGCUAAAACAUGGAUAGAUGCAAACAUGUAGGGCGGUUACGGCUCGCCCAGGAUCACUCCAUCCUGAACCCCCAGAAGUGGUGCUGUCUGGAGUGCGCCACCACCGAGUCUGCGUGGGCUUGCCUCAAGUGCUCCCACGUGGCUUGCGGCCGCUACAUUGAAGACCAUGCACUAAAACACUUUGAAGAGACCGGACACCCGCUGGCCAUGGAGGUCCGGGAUCUCUACGUGUUCUGCUACCUGUGCAAGGAUUACGUGCUCAAUGACAACCCCGAAGGGGACCUGAAGUUGCUAAGAAGCUCCCUCCUGGCUGUUCGAGGCCAGAAGCAGGACCUGCCCGCGAGGCGUGGGCGGACGCUGCGGUCCACAGCUGCAGGCGAGGACGUGGUCCCGCCGCAGCGUACUCCUCAGGGACAGCCGCAGAUGCUCACGGCUCUGUGGUACCGGCGCCAGCGCUUGCUGGCCAAGACGCUGCGGCUCUGGUUUGAGAAGAGCUCCCGCGGCCGUGCGCAGCUGGAGCAGCGGCGGCAGGAGGAGGCGCUGGAGCGUAAGAAGGAGGCGGCGCGGCAGCGACGGCGCGAGGUCAAGAGGCGGCUGCUGGAGGAGCUGGCCAGCGCGCCGCCGCGGAAGAGUGCGCGCCUGCUCCUGCACGCUCCCGGGCCCGUGGCCGUGCGCCCUGCUACCCUCGCUACCUCCCGGCGCAUGUCCGCUGCUGCCCUCAAGCCGCGCCGUCAGCUGGCGGUGGCCCCGGGUGUUACUGGGCUGCGCAACCUGGGUAACACCUGCUACAUGAACUCCAUCCUCCAGGUGCUCAGCCACCUCCAGAAGUUCCGGGAAUGUUUCCUGAACCUCGACCCCUCCACCUCCGAGCACCUGUUUCCCCAAGCAACCAACGGGAAGGCUCAGAUCCCUAGCAGGCCAGCCAGCAGCACUGCCGCGGGGUUCUCAGUAAGGAGUGACCGGGCCCAGGGGUUCGAACCUCAGGGCUUCUGCUGGAGCAGCGGAGCCUCCAUCAGCAGGAGCCUAGAGCUCAUUCAGAACAAGGAACCCAGCUCAAAGCACAUUUCUCUCUGCCACGAACUGCACACCCUCUUCCGAGUCAUGUGGUCUGGGAAGUGGGCGCUGGUAUCACCCUUUGCCAUGCUUCACUCCGUGUGGAGCCUGAUUCCCGCCUUCCGAGGCUACGAUCAGCAGGAUGCGCAGGAAUUUCUCUGCGAACUGCUGCACAAGGUACAGCAGGAGCUUGAGUCUGAGGGCUCCACACGCCGGAUCCUCAUCCCCUUCUCCCAGAGGAAGCUCACCAAGCAGGUCUUAAAGGUGGUGAACACUAUAUUUCAUGGGCAGCUGCUCAGUCAGGUCACAUGUGUAUCAUGCAAUUAUAAAUCCAAUACCAUUGAGCCCUUUUGGGAUCUAUCCCUGGAAUUUCCUGAACGAUACCACUGCGUAGAGAAGGGGUUUGUCCCUUUGAAUCAGACAGAGUGCCUGCUCACUGAAAUGCUAGCCAAGUUCACCGAGACAGAGGCCCUGGAGGGGAGAAUCUACGCUUGUGACCAGUGUAACAGUGGUCUGGCCGUAACCAUCGUGAGAAGAUCGGGGUCCAUGUCGUCUUUGAUCAGGUGUUAACCAUGGAACCUUACUGCUGCGGGGACAUGCUCUCCUCCCUUGACAAAGACACCUUUGCCUAUGACCUCUCCGCAGUGGUCAUGCAUCACGGGAAAGGGUUUGGCUCAGGACACUACACAGCCUAUUGCUACAACACAGAGGGAGGUGCGUGUACUUUGCUCUGUGGGCUCGGGGACGUGGAAAGGGGUUUCUUUGUUCACACCUUAUUGCUUUCCGUUAUUUCCAGCCCAGGUUAGCUAGGGACAAAUUACAUACAUUAAAAGUCAAUGGGGAGCUUGAUGAAAGUUAGGAGUCUAGUAAGGAUAUAAGGCUGUGCUAGGAAUGAGCAAAGCACUUAGACCCAGUGCUGGAGAUUAGCACAGGAUCUGUCAUUUGUGUAUUUCUUAUCAUUACCGUAGCCCACUAUGGCUAUGAUAAUGAUAAUUCCGCCGACUUCAUCUUCCUUCUCAGUCAUGCAGAAAUGAUGGGGCUUCAUGGAGAUAGAUAAGUCACAACUCAAGUAAGUCAUCUUGGAGGACACGGAGGGCACUUUCUCUGUCCUCACGAGCUUCAACCUUCCCCCGGGGCAAGGUCUCUGCCGCUGCACUGUAAGCAGGUUUGCAGCAGCCUAAGCCCUCAAGGACUGCUGCCGAACUCUUUACUUGCAUUCUCUCCCCACCCCCUCUGCUUAGCCCCCACAUCCUGCCACUCUGUGGAGGCUUCUUAGAUAACUAAAAGCAUGAAGGAAGACAAAGCGUGGCCAGUCAGUACUGUAGGCAAGGGAUGAGAGCCAGUGGUUAGGGAGCCUACCGUCACUGUCAUUCGUGUGUCCCUGUCCCCAGUAAUCAGAAGGUGACUCUGUUCUCCCACUGUUGUCUCCUCAUCUCCUGGCUGCAGCUGUCUGAAAAUGGAAACUAGGUUGUCAUUUUCUCUCUCUCUCUCUCCUUUGGCUCCCUAGGUUUUUGGGUCCACUGCAAUGACUCAAAGCUGGAUGUAUGCAGUGUGGAGGAAGUGUGCAAAACCCAGGCCUACAUUCUUUUUUACACUCGAAGAACAGUUCAGGGCAGCGCAAAACUCUCAGAACCCCAUCUCCGAGCUCAGGUGCACUCCAGCAGCAAGGACGAUCGCAGAACAUACACAUUUCCCUGACUGGGAGGCAAGCAUCAAAAUGGCCUCCAGCUCUCCUCUCGGGAAAUAAGGCUUGCCACAGUAACAGAUUCCUGGGGUUGCCACACUGGGUCUAGGGGAGAAAUGCCCUGUGAUUCCUGCUCUGUCAAAAAAUUGGUAGUUACUUUCUUGUGAAACCAUGCAAAUCCCUCCUUUCAUAAAAACAAUCUAAAGGAGUAGCUUCUAUGAAGAUUCUUUUGUCAGAUGCUUCUGGAAAACAGGGACCUGGGUAGAGGAGACGGGGUAAGCGAUGAGCCAGCCAUGAGAACAGUCAUGUCUGUCUGUCAUGAGUCCCCUAUUCAUCAGGCCCUCCCCGAAGCACUGCACAGAGUACAUGAGGGCCCCGGGCUGAGAGCUGGUGGCAAAGACUGGUCCCAACACAGAAGGUGAAGUCACAGGAGUUAUUCACUCUAAGAAGGUAACCAUCAAGAGUCAUAGCUUGCAGACUUCAUUUCUUAGGAGAGAACAGUUGAAGAGUGAGGGGCAUGGAGCCCCUCCAUGCCAACGGGAAGGCUGUCUGUCAUAGCUUGUCUUCUCCUGAGCUGUUGUCACCUUGUCACUCCACAUGGUGAAGCUGAGACUUGAGCCAUCCCUAAGGCAGUCAGGAGGACACAUAGACCUGUGUGUGCAUGGUCUGUGUGAGCUAAGCCAUGGACACUCCUGACUUCCCCAGUCCUGUAGCAAGGGCUGGGCUCAGAGUCAUGGCUUGGUUUGGAUCGGUUUUUGUCAGUUGUCAGAAGCUUUCACAGAAUGCAGUGAGGGUGAGCUGGGCUUGUCUGAAUGACUGCUGCCCCUAAGGCCUCACCUUAUGUGACAUGAAGGUUCUCCCCUGCCCCUUGCUUCCCUGUGUGUGAGCAGUGCUUAGGGAUCGGCUGUGUGGCUGCUGUGGCCCUGGCCUGUUCUAUCCCAGUGUGCUGUUCUUCACCCCUGCUGCUUUGGCCACAAGGAAUACAGCAAGACUGUCUCUUACUCUGGAAUCAGUAAAAACACAUCUCUAAAGUCCACUCCGUCUCUGCGGGAGGAGUGCUCAGAGCCUUCCUGUCAGGCACAGUAAGCUUCUUCCCCUUGGCAGUGGCGACUGCGGUGCCCCACAGCCUCCCCUGCGAGUGCUGUCUUGAUUACGUAGCUCGUGUUGAUGUCUGCGUUCAGGCAGAGCAGUUGUCACUUGGUGGGAGUUGUAGGGGUGGGGAACAGGAUGGGGAGGCUGAGGAGGCACCACCACACGUCCAGGCACAUCUGUGGUGUUUACUGCUGCUCUCCUUUGAGGUGAGCUCUCCUGUAGGCCUGCCAGACAUCAGCAACACGGAAGAAAUCAGACAGAAAGUGGCUCAUCCUGACAGGGAUGGCGUGCUGGAUUUGAACUUGCUUUUUAAUAACACUGUGAGGUUUCUGUAAUAUUUAGCUUUUAUUUGGAAGCGAUAACGUAAGGCAUUGUUGUGCUGUUUGGUUUUUACUGCCUAUUUCAGGCUUUUUUCUGAGCUUUGCUUGGGCUCCUCCUCUCCUGGGCACUGUUUUAGGGUGUCCCGGCUGCCCACCCUGCCUGAGGUUCUGAUGUAAAGCUGUACCCCUUCAGGGAGGUCUACAUUGCUAAGAUGGCUGAUGGUGAUGAUUUGCUACCGUGGUAGGAAAGCCCAUUCGAAAUCAAAACCUGUGCUGACACACCCUGUAAGGCCAGCACUCGUUAGGCUGAGGCAGGGGGAUCAUGAAUUCAAAGCUCCAUUGUGAGGCCCUGUUUGAAAAGCAAAAUCAACAAACUAUAGAGAAUAGAAAACAAAGGAAGUAAGACUGGACUGCACCUCACCUUAAACCUGUGUUGUUUUUUCUAGAAGGAGAACCUGUAGGCAGAGAACACAGACCUGCCUGUCUAGGGGGAACACAUUAGAAGACUCUUACUCAGUUUUUAAAGAUAGUUUUAUAGCAGCUAUCAGCAGGACUGGUAAGCACAUUAGGGACUUCAUAAAGCUUAACUGCCCACCCACCUAUGAGAUUAGUAAAAUCGCUUAAAGUAAGUGGGAACUGAAACCAGCUUCUCCACUGAGCCACCCUCAGGGAGGUGGACACCUAGCACUGGAAGCAGCAGCGUGAGGGAGGUAAGAGUGUGGUGCUUAAGGAGACCUCUGCUGCAGAGGAGCUAUAGGGUCCGGGCUGCUAUGCUGCACUGUCCUCUGCUCUGGUGCCUGCACAGCCAAAGCACAGCACUGUCAGCUGCAUCACAGUGAAACAUUCUAAAAAGAAAGGACAGACAGAUCUUGACUAGCUGACUCCAGGACAAACCCUAGUGCUGCUCUCCCAGCUGCAGUCUCGGUCUGUGAACCCUUUGUAAUUGGCUGGUGUGUUUACUUACUGCUGUAGCCAGCCAAGACAAAUAUACCCCAGCCCUCAAAAAUGACUUCUUACCUCAGUCUAGCCUGGCCCUCAUGCUGUGGUUGCCUCUCAGAGCAGGUACCAUCACUAGUACCAAGACAGCAGGGACACCUUGGCACCCAGAACCGCAGCUCUCACCCCAGGGCAGGAGAGCUUUUAGAUGUUGCUUGGAGCGUCAAGAAUAAAACUGGAAACUGUGGAAGAGUUACUGUGUCCUAUGGACUCAAUAGCAGAGUUUAUUUUUGUUCACAGUGGCAAGGUCCAUGAUUGUAUGAGGUCCCUGCUCUGGCUAUGCCUUCAGCUCCAUCCACAUUCAGGGGAAGAACCAAUGAGGUGGACUGGCCAGCAGUGCCCCGAGUAAGCCGAGUCGAUGGUACAGAACAAAAAUUGAGGGGAGGGGGGAUCUGAAAUUUGUUUUACUGAAAAAGCUUUGUGAACUAAUUUUCUACAAUUGAUAAAAUUUGGUGCCUUGUACUUGAUUGUGGUUUGCAUGAGAGUUAAGGGGGAGGGCUCCUUUUUGUUGUGUCAAGUGGCAGAUGGGUCUGUAGUGUUUAAAGGAUACGUGCUAUCAGAUUUUUAGAGCAUUCCUUUCUUAGGUACGAAUGUAAAUUGUUCUUACCAGCAAGUUCUAGAGUUUUAAUGUCCAAAUUGUAUUUGUAAUCAAUCAUUCCUCAAAUGUCUGAAUACCACUAUUCGUUGCCCCUUGUACAUGCCAAACGUUAAUGUUGGACUUUUCUGGAGGUGACCCUUUCCUGAAUGUGUAUCACAUCCCUGUGCGGGAUUGCAGCUUAUGUGUGCAAGGGUUUCCAGUUAGUUGGGAGAGCACAAAUGAUCAGAAAGCCUUUCUCUCGAUCAUGAUGAAGCCGAGGGACCAAUGGCGGUAGUCUGCAUUUACUCUGGAGUCCUGCGUGAACCAUCAGGAAGCAGUGUUACAGUGAUGCCCACGUGUGAGCCUUCAGACUGUAAGACAAGCCACCACCGUGUAGUAAGCAGUGAAUCAUCUAAAUGACCCGUCUCCGCCACCUCGACACUUCCUGGGCAGAUGACAAAUGGGACAGUGCUCCGUGGCUGAGGAAGGUAUUGAGACUCCAUUCAGUCAGGGCCAGUCUCAGCCAGUUCUUUCAUUCCAACCUUGAAGUUUCUACUGAACUAGUGCAGCUUCACCCAAGUGCUCAUGAACUUACCGUUGGUUCGAGCAUACUUGGUAACUGGGUCACUUGACUUCUUUAUUAGCUAAGUGUGGGUCUGUCAGUACUGAAGCUGGAAAGGCCUUAGGACGGUGAGCUUCCUCCCGUUCACAUUCCGCUCUGCUCUCGGUUCAGUCUGUCACUGACUACGCUAUCCCCGUCAGCCCAUGCACUCUGCGCCAUGGCCCAGCAGCUAUGAAGCAAGCGGUCAGUUUGUGAGAUCUGCCCGUGCUUGAACUGGCAUCUUUCACUUACAAAGAAUUAGCCCUGGGAAAGGGCUCAUGGCUAGAGCACUUGGCUCUCGCGGGCCGGGUCUCACCCAGCUGCACUAAACCAGCUUAAAUGAAAGAAUGCCCUGGGUUCGGUCCCCAGCUCCGAAAAAAAAGGAAAAAAGAAGAAAAGAAAAGGUCAUCUGGGGUUCUAAGUCUAACAUACAGCUUACAAGCUUCUUGGGCUCUGCAAGCAAUGGCCUCAAGCCCAAGCCUCAUCCUAGUAUUCAUACUCAUGACCCUGUCCACCCUGGGCCCAUUUUUUUUUUUUAAAGCAGUCUCACUGUGUAGCCCUGGCUAACUUGGAACUUACUAUGUAGAACAGGCUGGCAGUACAGAGCCAUAUGCAUCCAGGAUUAAGUGUGCGCCACCAGGGCCUCAGCCUGUCUUCCUCCCAAUGAUCUCUAAAAUAAACGUUUCAGAGCAUCUGUAACCCUAGGUAAAUGCUAGGCCUGAGUUCAUUCAGGGUGUUCCUCCUAGCUGUCCACCACAUGGGCUCUAUCUGAUAAACAUUCACGAGAACACGGUAAUGCCCAUCGAACACAUGGCUAGGCAUGUAGCUCAGCAGAGCCCAGAGUUGGAGACCAUCACCACAUAAAGCCAGGCAUAGUGCAGCCUUUAAUCCUAACCUGUACCUGUCGUUCUAAGUGUUGGUCCAUGCAAGCGGCAGGAUAAGCAGUUCACAGCCACCCUCAACCAUGUAGUUAUGUUUGAGGCCAGCCUGGGCUACAGACCCUGUCUCAAAAAGACAAAAACACAAAAAAACUCUUUAAUUGCCCCCACCCCCACCCCAAUUAUUUUGUGGCUCUGUGGAGGUCAAAUUCAGAAUUGAAGCCUUUUCUGCAAUGAGCUAGGCCCCAGAGGACGACAGAAUGAGACACAAGCCAGCAGAUCCAAGAAAGCUGCUUUGCCGUUUCCCUUAGUGAGCCGCCAUAGGUAACAUCUGUAAUAGUCAUGUAGCUGUGGCCCAGAUCCACCAGCCCCUCCUCACUCACGCUCUGUAACCCACAACCAAUUCAAACGGGCUGGAGCAGAAGAAGAAAUUUUAAAACACCCAGUAAAUUGACUAAGUGAAGCUGUGGAGAGCCUGUCUCUCCCCGCCUGGUUUCCCACACAGGAUGUCCGUGCUGCUUCUUACACGCUUGGAAGGACACCAGACGGCAGCACCAGCAUGAGUCUCGGGGUAGGAAGCACCUUUCUUUGUGACACAUUUGCCUCCACCCACACAUCACUGUCCUCUUCUGCCACCAAAUCUCACUCUUCCAACAAUGUCUCCCCGGUACCUGGAAAACCCACUGGCAAAUUAAAACGCCAACCACCACCAACUUCGUCCUCCAGGACUCAACAAUAGGAACUGUCAAGCAUCAGCUUUGUGGUGUGUCUGCAUCCCUGAGGAGUGGGGGUUCCAGUCCCAUCUCAUCUCCACUGCAGCUCCUGUUUGGGGCUCACUCCUGCCUCUUGAGUGUGAAAUACAAGUCAUGUUUAUUUGAUUUUUGUAAACUGACUUUUUACACCUUGUUUUUGUAAGAAAUUUCUUAUUAAAAGAAUAAAACACC